UGUUGAUAUAAAAUUAUCUUUAACACAAUAAAGGGUUUUUCUGUCCACUUCCUCCACUUGGUAAUUGGCUUGACGUACACAUGGUUGAAAAAUGGCCCAAUCUUCAAACUACGAUAAAAUAAAACUGAAUGCAAAUAGGACCCAGUCUUAUCCAUCAAUCAAAGUCCAACAAGAUGAACCUGCUGCAUCAUCAAUUUAUCACAAAGAAGAUGAACGACCAUCACAUACUUUACUGGAUACGCCACGUCCAUAUACUACAGUUGAACAUAUAACUGUUGAAACAGAUUUUUCGUCAACAUACAGUAUCGAUCUAGAUCAAACUCAUAUUUGUUGUCAGUGGAUACAUGAAGAUCCACCAGACAAUUCCAAUUAUCUUAGUUUAGCCAUUUUUGCAUGUUGUUGUUGUAACUCUCUAUUGGGUGUGGCUGCCAUCAUUGAAGCCUCUCAAGCUUCUAAAGCGAGAGCACGUGGUGAUGUUACUGCAGCAAGAAGAUAUAAUAAAAUGGCGUAUAAUUUGAUAAGAUUUUCAAUUGGUUUUGGAUGUAUUUUUCUUAUUGUUUCAUUAUACACAGCGCUUUUUCAUAUGAUAUAAUAUAACAAACAGUGUAUUUCUGAAAACAAACUUAUACUCAAACAUGAGUUAAUCAGUUAUUUAGUUAAAAAUUGUAAUACAUAUGCAGAAUAUGUUUGCUGCAAUAUAAUGCAUAGUACAAAAUCGUGAGCCCAAAUUCUUUCCAUUGAUUGAAAGUUGUAAAUGUUUAUAAAAUAUUUUCAAAGGAAGACAAUUAUUUAUAGAUAUCUCGAAACUGUGAAAAAAAACAGCCUAAUCUUAAGCUUUAUCAAAUAGGUUGAGAAAACUUAUAAAUACUCUUGAAAAGUGUCUAAUGUUUCAUGAGCAGCAACGUUUGGCGAUAAAUCAUGUUAAGAAUGCAGUACAUUGGCAUUUAUGAUACCGUCGAGAUUAUUCAGAUCUAACUUAAUUCUGGUUAAAAUCACCCCUAUAUAGAUAUGUCCAAACGCUGUUGUUUCUAUAAAAUAAUUCUGCUUAUAUGCAGUGUUUUUUUCUUUCCAAACUUACAACAAGAAUCGACUCUCUUCUGGCGAUUGAUUAUUUGCCAAAAUGCGAUUCCUAUCAAUGGAAAAUAAAGGUACUUUUUUUUUACAUUUUGCUUGAAAAUGCAUUAAGAUCAGGUCAUUGUGUUUGAUCGGCUUGACCGAAGGCAGAAAUUAAAUCACCUACACAAAAUGUAUCGUAUUAAAUAUAUUAAAUCGCUUAAAAAAAUAUACCAGUAUCUUUAUUACUUUUUGUUGAAAAGCUGAAAAUAAGAUACUUUAUUUUUUAACUUUUAUAUUGAAAUAACUAGUUUGUUCUUCCCUGGCCGGGAUUCAAACUAUCAUGAUACUGAGAUAUCGUUGCACUUUAUCGCCUUGCACUAUACCCGCGUAUAUUUAUUUCGUGGUUUUGGUAUUGUCGCUGAAUUAGCUUAUUCUUAAUUUUGCAGUAUUUUCAAAAAAGAAUGUAAACUGAAUUAAUCUAUAUAUGCGUGUAUUUGUUUUUGUGGAAAUUCGUGAAAAGAAUUACACCGCGAAAAAGUACAUACACAGUAAUCGUUCCGUUCCGUUAUAUUUUCGUGGUAUGCUUUAGAUACAGCAUGUUCAGCACAUUCCAGGUUCUCUCUGAAACACUUAAACUCAGAUUCUUAACUUAAGUUUUUGAGAAAUCAGCAGUAGAAGGCGACUAUCGUUUUUAUGUCCCUUUAACCGGCAUGCAUGAAUCGAUACAUGUACGUUCAUAAGUUAUGUAAAAUUUGUAAACGUUACCGUUAUUU